AUGACUUGGACAUAUUGUAUUUUACAUCUUUUGGCAUCUUUUAACACCCUCGUUAUGGCUGGUGCUCAAUGCCGGACAGAAAUCAGUAUAACUGGUAUGGCUCUUGAUGGUUUUGUCUUCAAAAGAAUGCCAGCAACAGCUCCACAUGAGUGUGAAGUCCAUUGCGAAAGAGAAAUCACAUGUCAAAGCUAUAACUAUGUUGUAGGGGAGAGAAUUUGCGAAUUGAAUAACCGUACCAAGGAGGCGAGGCCCCUAAAUUUUCGCUCAGACCCUGCACGGUUUUAUAAGCGACGUUCUGUGGACAGAGGUAUGUGAUCAGUUUAAGUGGCUUCUGACAGUUUAUAUACUUCAGUGUCUUGAUGAAUCACCCACCAAUACAAACGCCCUUCUUAUUAUGAUGAUAAAGAUGUAACCAAAAAUAUAGUUAGACCUUUUUGAGCCGGCGAGAUGACAUGGAGCGAACCACAGAAACGAAAUUUGUUCUAAAAGAUAACCCUUAACUUUUCAGUUCCCUUGGGUUCCAUUCCUGGAUUACCAGCGAUAUCUUGCCGGGAAAUAGAGGCGAGUGAAGGCAAAUACAACAUCAGCAACAGGCACUGGCUGGAUAGCAGUUUCACGGGACAGGCAGAGUUGGUUGAUUGUAAUGACACAGUGAAAGGUGAGUUUUAGGUUCUUCUGCCCUUGUAUUGCACUCUACUGUUUUUACUUCAUACUUCAACUAUUCAUUUGACACUCAGGGCUAAGAGAAAAUUAAUGGACCACCAGCGAGCCUUUGUUUUCUCUUGAUUGUGAAGACGCCUUUCUUCUCUUCCAUAAUGCUCCAUAACUCUUAUUGUUUGGUUUGUGACGUCACAGUGACAAUUCAUGAUGAUGUUCAUAACGAGGAUGAUGACGAAAAGAAAACAAUGGCGAAAAUGGCGAUCAGAAAACAAACGAAAAAACAAAAAUAUAAUACACAAUGAUCACAAUUAUUUAUCAAUUUAUCAAAUUCCAUGAUGCUUAAUAGUAAUUCAUGAAACGAUUUAACAACAAAUACGCCAAUUCACAAAGAGCGUUUAUAACGAUAGCCAGUAAUAUUACUUUCAAAUGUCAGUGAGCUGAAAACUUCUGUGGCAAGAGAUGUACGCAGACCGUGACACAUAAGUAUAAAAACUUGCUCUUAAAGGCGCGGCCAAACGCACGCAACAUUUCAACAUCUUGCAAUAUUGUUGGAUGGCGUUGUAAGAUGUUAUAAAGGAGCUGGCCAAAUGUGCGCAACGUCUUGCAACAUUUUCAAGCUAGAUCCAACAUCUUGCAACAUGUUGCUAUAGGGUGACCAAGCGUGUGCAACACGGUGCGUGCAACAAUGUUGCAAGAUGUUGCGUGCUUUUGGCUGGGCCUUAACAUCAUUUGCCUCUAAACGCUCAAUAUUGUAACCCUGGCAGCUUAUUUCACAUUAGAGAUCACCCCUUAUUCAAACUCUGAGGGCAUGAGAAUAAAGCAACUGAUCGACAACUUGAAAAGUUCUUGAUCAUUCAAAUAAUUCUCUCUUGUCUAUUGUAUGUGCAUACUAAUGAUAGGGUGUAAAGGGUUUAUGGCUCCCACGAUAUUUCACGAUAUUAGGAGGGGAUGCGGCCAGAAGUGAUGACGAUCACUCUGACGAUGACGAAAAAGAAAAAGAUAUCAAUCGGAUUGAUUUAUCAAGUUACAUCUUGCUUUACAUCGAUUCACUGCAAAAUUAAUCUGUAGAAGUUUUCACCACUUUCAAUACACUUUUUUUUUAUCCAUUAGAUUGCGACGCUAAUCCUUGUAAAAACGGUGGAACGUGUAUAGAAGUACCCAGUACAAAAACUUACAAAUGCAACUGUGCGGAUGCAUUCACAGGCAAAAACCGUUCAGAAUCAACAGUCGUCGAGGGGGAACAAACAAAACCUACUAAGGAAUACCAAUAGACCAAUUUACGAUUUAUUUUACUAAAAUGUCGUUAAAUCUCAGCCAAAUUAAAUCUUAAAAACGAUUGCUGAAAACAAGCGAAGUAGCAAAGAGUGUGGCCUUCUCUAACAGUUGUACUUGUUUUCCAUUUCGUAGCAACUGUUGCAAGUCUUGAUAGAAGCAAUGAACAACCUGAAAAUGGAAAUGACUAUGACUUUGAGCUUAUAUUCAGAAAAACUCAACAUACGAGCUAUGUGAAACACGAUAUGAAUAAGAAGUGGGUUGAUCACUUUACAGUCUGUGCCUGGAUACACACACCAGAUUUACAACAGAGCCAAGAGAUGACUGUGAUAAGUAUUUUGAACGAGAAUGGUGGCAACCAAAACGUUGUGAGAUUGAGAAUCGACGGAGAAGGCAACAUUUAUUUUUCAUUUAGACGUGACAGGUAAGGAGUUUUUGUGAGCCACAAUUAUCAGAGAAGAAUCAUUCACCCUGUCAUUAUCAAUUUAUAUAGGCGCUUUUUUUCGUUUAAAUAGAACAGACUUUUCCUGUCGAUUCUUUUAGCUAGGAAUUUUUUGCUUCAAAGGCUGAUUUUAAGACAAGUAUAUCAACAGUCAAGCGUCCUUUCGUAACAAAAUAAAAAAAUUAAAUGUUUAUGUUUAAGUUAAGUAGUACGUGUUUAAAACGAAGAAAAAAAUAUUGUUAGCUUUGAUAAGAUUGUUGAAAUGUUAGUUAAUAAUUACUCACUGAUACUGACGUAAAUAACUGUUUUAGUAUUUACCACACAGAAACCAAAAAUAUUAGCUAAUUUCUGUCAAUAAACCAAAAAAUGAUCGGAAAUUAAAUUGUUGACGCGCGAUUUUGUCUCUUUGGCUGCUUGGAGGUGAAUAUUACUUGCUGAUCAGCGCGCGCGAAAGGCACUACUGGCCUGUGUGCUAUAUACUAAAAUGAAAAGAGCUACAUAAAUUCAGUUAUAUUCAAUACUAUAGGGGAUAAAGAGAUUACCUUUUAGUAGAUACUUGCGUUUUUUUCCUGAAGGACCUUCCUUUCCAACGUAUUCGCUACCAGUUCUCCGAAGAAUGAAAUGGUCUUCCUUUGUGUUCGUAUCCAACCUAACCAGUCUCCUAAAAUAGAAGCGAUCGUAAAUGCAGAUUUCGGUUCAAAAAAAACUAGCAACGAAGUUAAUUAA